AUGACAUUGCCAAAUACAGUCAUGUCAGCAGAUCAGAUAUUUGAGUUUGUUAGAGCUGCAGAUUGCUAUCCAAACGUGUCAACUGCUUACCGAAUUCUCUUAACUAUGCAUGUGACGGUAGCAUCAGGUGAACGAAGUUUUUUAAAAUUGAAGUUGUUGAAAAAUUAUUUGAGGUCAACUAUGUCGCAAGAAAGAUUGAAUGGAUUGGCAAUAUGUUGUAUUGAGAAGGAUGUGUUGGAUAACAUUGAUCUUGAUACCGCCGUUAAUGAUUUUGCAUCAAAAAAUGCACGAAGGAGCCGUUUCUCAUGA